AGGCAAAUCAAAUUCCACGUCAUCGCGCUGACCAAACCCAAUCUACCUGUAUCUCUAUUUGACUAGUGCAGAUCUCCUUAUAGAUGUCCUUUUCAAGCGGCAUUAUGAGAACCCAAAAAUGCCAUCAUCGUCGUUUUCGAGUUCUAAACGCCAUGACACCCGUCCCGCUUAGGAUUCAAGAAUAGGCUUGUUCAAGCAACAUUAUGGUGUUGGGCAACAUAAAUUAUCAAUGGUGCCAGGUUACCAGCACAGUAAUCCAGCUAGCCAACUGUCUCGAUCAUAUCCCAAAUUGAACUGCUUCCGACCAUGCGUUCGCACGUGUUGCUUAUACUUGCGACGUUGUGUUUGCUCUUAUCAACUGCCGGGGCUGCCUCAUCCAGCACUGUCAACAGCCCGGUUCGUGAGCUGUCGACCGAGUUCGUCUCAAAUGAGCAAAGACGUCUGCGCGGGGACAACAACAACAAGCUGGUCACGGACGGGUUCAAUGCUAACGACGAGGAGCGAACGAUCAGCACUACUUUGGCCCGGAUGAAGAACGAGAUAUCGGGUUCGAUGAAGAAAUUUUGGGCCAGCAUAGUUGAGCGUUUGUAUAAGGUUUGGCGGAAAAAAUCUCGCGUGCAGAACACAGCGGUGGCAGUCGGCACUUGAGGUUACACCCAAGAAAGCAAAUACAGCGAGCUGUAAAGAUGUAGGCCCCGCUCGAUUGGAUUCGUGUGGUCUUAAUAUAGCUAGACCGUGAGGAUACAGCUCGGUGACUAUCUGAAACACUGAUUUAUGUACAGGGAAUUACUCGUAGACUAUGGGCAGAGGCUCUGCAAAUUAAUCGCCAGCGCUCUGCCGCAGAGCACUGCUGAUUAAUGCAAGUGACAG